AUGCUAUUGGGUGGCAUGCAAGUGGUUGGCAUCUAUAUAUGGGCCAGUGAGAGCUCUUUCAAGAAUUCUACCAUAACGCUUUGCCAGACUGUAAAGGGUGUUGCAGAAGUGGCAUCUGUGGUGAAGAACGAUUGGGAUGAGGGACUUCUUAUUCACAUUAGUUAUAGCCCAAGAAGAUUGCCCAUAAUCCAUGAGAAUGUAUCCAAUGUCAGAAAAUUGGCUGAUAUUCUUCGUUUUGGAAUUUCAAGUCAUGCCAAAGAGCUUGAAAGUGCAAAGGCUUUGAUCGAUGGAAAGUUGGUGACACAGGAUGAGCAGUGUGCAUCAGAUGGUUUACAUGAAGUUGAAUUUCUUCUACCUUUCAUGCAAGAUACAUCUCUAGAAGCAUGCAGCCGGAAGGAUGUUAUUGGUGUUCUUGUCUUUAGGGGUUCUGUCUGCUCUUUUGCAUACUUAAAUUCGAAAGAAUCAAUUUCACAAGCUUUGGCUGAUAUGAAGGUAGGGCUUGUGAUUGGGAAGCUGAGUUCGAGUCUAGAACGAGGGUUCGUCUUCGAUUUGAUUCCCACACCUCCAAACGACGACGGAAAAUCGGCUUGUUCGGUCAUUGAGAAUGUCAGAGAUGACAAGAAAAAAGGGUCGAAAUCCAAAUCUCUGUCCGAAUCUUCGUCUCUGUUUAUCGACCAAGAUUGGGUUGCCGAACACGCUCGUCAGGUCUCGAGAAUGCUAUUGGGUGGCAUGCAAGUGGUUGGCAUCUAUAUAUGGGCCAGUGAGAGCUCUUUCAAGAAUUCUACCAUAACGCUUUGCCAGACUGUAAAGGGUGUUGCAGAAGUGGCAUCUGUGGUGAAGAACGAUUGGGAUGAGGGACUUCUUAUUCACAUUAGUUAUAGCCCAAGAAGAUUGCCCAUAAUCCAUGAGAAUGUAUCCAAUGUCAGAAAAUUGGCUGAUAUUCUUCGUUUUGGAAUUUCAAGUCAUGCCAAAGAGCUUGAAAGUGCAAAGGCUUUGAUCGAUGGAAAGUUGGUGACACAGGAUGAGCAGUGUGCAUCAGAUGGUUUACAUGAAGUUGAAUUUCUUCUACCUUUCAUGCAAGAUACAUCUCUAGAAGCAUGCAGCCGGAAGGAUGUUAUUGGUGUUCUUGUCUUUAGGGGUUCUGUCUGCUCUUUUGCAUACUUAAAUUCGAAAGAAUCAAUUUCACAAGCUUUGGCUGAUAUGAAGGGAGACAUAAUCAUGAGUCUGCAAUGUAGAUUAGAUAUUCUCCAUGAUGAAGCAGAAAGAGAAAUAGAGUCAUAUGGUAAUGAUGGUGAGGGGGCAAGUCCUGACGCAUCAACAGAGAAGCCCAUUCUCCAGAUGGACCUGCAGUUGUUGAGGUACCGUGGCCAUAGUAUAUGUGCUGCAAUGUUCCGCUGUAGACAUAAACAACAAGGAGAUCUUGUCCAGUGUUGUUAUUGCAUCACUUCUUUAGUAAAUGACAAUUUGUUGAAGAUGGCAAGAAUUGUGACACAGGAUGAGCAGUGUGCAUCAGAUGGUUUACAUGAAGUUGAAUUUCUUCUACCUUUCAUGCAAGAUACAUCUCUAGAAGCAUGCAGCCGGAAGGAUGUUAUUGGUGUUCUUGUCUUUAGGGGUUCUGUCUGCUCUUUUGCAUACUUAAAUUCGAAAGAAUCAAUUUCACAAGCUUUGGCUGAUAUGAAGGGAGACAUAAUCAUGAGUCUGCAAUGUAGAUUAGAUAUUCUCCAUGAUGAAGCAGAAAGAGAAAUAGAGUCAUAUGGUAAUGAUGGUGAGGGGGCAAGUCCUGACGCAUCAACAGAGAAGCCCAUUCUCCAGAUGGACCUGCAGUUGUUGAGGUACCGUGGCCAUAGUAUAUGUGCUGCAAUGUUCCGCUCUUUCAUUUUUCAGCAAGAUAUAUGGUCUUGUGUCUCAUUGAUCAAACUGUCUCUCUCCAGAUUGCCCAUAAUCCAUGAGAAUGUAUCCAAUGUCAGAAAAUUGGCUGAUAUUCUUCGUUUUGGAAUUUCAAGUCAUGCCAAAGAGCUUGAAAGUGCAAAGGCUUUGAUCGAUGGAAAGUUGGUGACACAGGAUGAGCAGUGUGCAUCAGAUGGUUUACAUGAAGUUGAAUUUCUUCUACCUUUCAUGCAAGAUACAUCUCUAGAAGCAUGCAGCCGGAAGGAUGUUAUUGGUGUUCUUGUCUUUAGGGGUUCUGUCUGCUCUUUUGCAUACUUAAAUUCGAAAGAAUCAAUUUCACAAGCUUUGGCUGAUAUGAAGGGAGACAUAAUCAUGAGUCUGCAAUGUAGAUUAGAUAUUCUCCAUGAUGAAGCAGAAAGAGAAAUAGAGUCAUAUGGUAAUGAUGGUGAGGGGGCAAGUCCUGACGCAUCAACAGAGAAGCCCAUUCUCCAGAUGGACCUGCAGUUGUUGAGAAAAACAUGCAGCCUCAGCUUUCCUCGGAGAGUCUUUGUCCCUUGGCUUGCGGGUACCUAUAUAUGUGACUAUUUGCAACCAUCUGAAACACUUGAGUAUGAUUGCAAGGAGAUAUGAGGGAACUGAUAAUGGAUCUGUUGCGUAUGAGAAAAUAAAUGAGAGACUAGCUUUAAUGCAAC